AUGCAAAAACCCGAGCGCAAGGUCUUAUCGCUUGACGACCACUCGCCAGAUCCCGAGGUGCUCUCUCCGGAUGAGGAUCUGGACAUUGACGAGUAUGUUCCAGAAACGGGUCACAACAUUUCCAGACGGUAUACCCACGAGGACGCAACCUCCUUAGUGGGAGGCCAGUCGGUGGAGGGCGAGGAGGCCGAUAAGGCGUACCUGGGCCAGGCCAAGGUUUUCUCCUUCUCGCUUCCCUUUGGCGGUGGAAUCUCGUCGUUGACGUCCAGCAUUAAGCUUCCUUUUGGCACUACCAAGGAAGCAGACCGCGAGAUCGAGCACAUCAGGCUCCGGUUGAAGCGCCACGAGUCGGUGCUGACCGCGGACGAGGCCAAGUUCUUUUCACACCACAAGGGAACAGACGAUGUGCGUUUUCGUGCCGUCAAGGCCUCGAUCAAGGAGAACAUCUCGGAGUUCUUGCCGGACUUCAUCCACGCCAAACAGAAGAAGGAGAAGCCGUAUGACGCCGUUUUCAACACCAUUGACGGUCCGAUCGUGAUCAUGGGCGGCUACCGAGGCCUGAUCUUGCGUGACGCCAAGACCCAUAAGCGUGUUUGGAUCCCCUUGAAAGCUGGCUUCAAUCUCCGGAAAAUCGACCUUCUUUUGGGUCCGCUGCUUCAGGAUGAGCUCAAGGCGACCGACUUGAUCUUUCCCGAUGGCGUGCUCAAAAAUGUCGGCCCCAUUGACAUUUGCAAGCGCUUGAUCAAGCGUUUGGACAGUAACCCCAAGACGGUGGUCAGGGAGUUCGGCUACGACUGGCGUCUUGAUCUCAACCAAACUAGUGACCAGCUUGUGGAUUUCUUGAAGAAGCUCAGACGCGAGACGGGCAAGCCCUCGAUCGUCAUUGCCCACUCAAUGGGUGGUCUUGUUACCCACGGAGCAUUGAACAAGAACCCCGAGUUGUUCCGAGGCAUUAUAGAUGUGGGUGUGCCGAGCGAGUGUCUCAACAUUUUGGGUCCGAUCCGUUACGGUGACCUGAUUCUCCUCUCGGACAAAAUCUUGACCUUCGAGACCAACUUCAUGAUGCGUUCUUCGUUUGUCUUCUUGCCAUUGUCUGGUCGCGUGUUCGCCAACAAGGACACUGGCGAAUGGUACGAUUUGGACUACUUUGAUCCCGAGACUUGGGUGAAGUUCAACUUGAACCCAUUGGUUUCGGAAUCCAGGAGAAUCCAGGAGCAGGAAGGCACCAAGUCACAAGCCUCCAUUGACACAUUGGUCCAGAGUCCCAUUGGAUCGCCUAAACUGGGCAACACGCUACGACCACCAUCAGAGAGCGACUCUUCGUCGUCGCUCAGUUUCGGCAAAAUCAAGCUUGCAAGACCCAGAAGCAUCAAUCGCAAAAACAAGCCACCCACACUUACCAAUACGCAAAUGCAGCGUAAGCAUAAAUCGUCGCCAGCCAGCCCAGCAUCGCCCACGCCUUCCAACGAGGACAUUUUCCAUGACUUCCAUUUUUCCUUCACUUUUACUGAAGCAUAUGAUUACUUGAAGAGGGUGCUCAAAUCCGCUAAGGAGUACGUCUUGAGCCUUGACUACAGAGAAGAGUACAAAAACCGCUAUCCACCAAUGGCGGUGGUUUACGGUAACACGAUCCCGUCGUUGCGUGGAUCGCAUGUCAGAAGUCUUCAGGACAUCAAGGACGGUAACUACUACGACUUCUUCUACGGUCGUGGAGACGGUGUGGUGCACCAGCGUUGGUUGAUGCCCGAGGACAAGGGUUUCAAGUUCUGGAAUCCCGAAACGAAGGAGGGCCACAUUGUUGGAAAAUUCGAAUCCGAUGCUGGGCAUGUCAAUUUGAUGGCAGACCAUAAGGCCAUGGGUCUCGCUCUUGAUGCUAUCUUGAGAGCAGAGGAGAACUGGCAGCGUGACUGGUCCCACGACCAAGCCGUGAUGUAG